GAGUAGAAUUUCUUUUGUGUUUUGGUCUUUUUCCUCUCCUAUAAAUAAAGAAGAAACCCCUUGUAAUUUGUAAAACAAUUCAAUAUACAAAUUAUUUUCUCUCUUAUUAAUUUCUACAUUUUUAAUUUUUCCAAAAGUAAUAUAUUAUUUUAAUAUCAAAAAAAUAUAUAUUAAAAUGUCGAGGGAGUCCGAUAGAAGGUCCUAGAUAUGGGCGACGUGAACCGAAGAUUGAGUAAAGGCAAAGCUAAAGCCACCUCCGACGGUUCGACCUCACGCGGACGCGGUUCUCGAGGAAGACACUCCGUCUCUUCGUUUCCUACUGUCCCAGAUCAUUUAAUCGGGGACGCUAUGACGGAUGAAGAAUUCAACCAGAUUUAUUCUGGUAGAGGGGACGCGAAUCUCCCCACUCUUGAUAGUCUAUUCGAGGAUGUUGAUGAAGCAGGACUGGAUAAUCUUGACGGGGACGAUGAGCCAACACCGCAAAGCAACGACGUCGACGUGGAGGCAGGUGAGCCCGAGACCUCUCGAGGUCCGGACAAAG